GCAGAUUUUACUAUGUGCGCGAGCGUUCGUCUGUUUGUGUGCGCGUGUAUGUGUGCGGUUGUGUAUGCCUGUGUGUGUGUGUGCUUGUCUUGUCUUGAAUUUCUUCUUCUGUUCCCGACAGUUACAUUACGAGGCCAAAGAAAGUAUCUUGGCUGGCUCGCGUGUAUUUCGCGUUCGUCGCUCGACGAGUUCACACGUCUUUGGCUCGCUUGGCGCAUCUAACACAGAAUCCGAACAGUCGAUUCUGAGUCUCCGAAACUAAAUCCGAAUUCCGCUCGGAUCGUGAACGAGUCUCGUUUUUUGUCUCGUGCUCUCUAGCUGCAGACGCCGAGUGCCGCCAGUGCCAGUGUAUUAAAUUCUUUUUUUUUUGUUGUAUUUUGUAUCUUGCUGUUGUUCUUUUCGCAAUUACCGUUAUUCAAAUACACGCACACACACACAGAAAAAAAACACACAGAGAUUUAGCGGAGAUCACAGAGUGAAAAUUUAGUGUGACAAACACACAUACACUCAAACUCACAAACACACACACACAGAGAGAGAGAGAGACAUAUCAGAAAGCUCUCAUUGAGCGCAGCUUUCAAGGAGUAAGCGGCAAGUGCGUGCGCGCCAGAGACUUAAAAACGAGGACAUUUGCUUUUCAACGAUAUAGCCGCAGCGUCCACAUCUCCAGCAUGUGGAGCCCACAAAAAGGUCCUACACGGCUGUGGGACCUUAGACUUAGUAGCUGUAUAUUUAUUUUACAUUUAAUGUUUAGUUUAGUCAUAGCUGGUAAUGAACUGUGGCCCAUGGAUCGGCCAGAUGGUAUGCCAAACAUAGUUUCACUGGAGGUCAUGUGCGGUAAGGAUCACAUGGAUGUCCAUUUGACGUUCUCCAAUCCCUUCGAAGGCAUUGUCAGCUCCAAAGGACAGCACAGUGAUCCACGUUGUGUCUAUGUGCCACCGUCGACGGGCAAGACGUUCUUCUCGUUCCGCAUCUCGUACUCACGCUGCGGCACCAAGCCGGAUCUCAAUGGCCAGUUCUAUGAGAAUACGGUAGUCGUGCAGUAUGACAAGGAUCUGCUCGAGGUCUGGGACGAGGCGAAGCGCUUGCGCUGCGAGUGGUUCAACGACUAUGAGAAGACCGCCUCCAAGCCCCCAAUGGUAAUUGCCGAUUUGGAUGUAAUACAGCUUGACUUUCGCGGCGAUAAUGUUGAUUGCUGGAUGGAGAUACAGCAUGGCAAAGGACCCUGGGCGCCGCCGGUGAGCGGCAUAGUGCCGCUAGGAUCAACGCUCACUCUGGUCGUGGCCAUCAAUGACUAUCGCGGUGAAUUCGAUAUGCGCGUCAAGUCUUGCGUCGCCUCGGACGGAUCGGGACAUGUGAUCAAUUUGUCGGACGAGUUUGGCUGUGUGCUGCGUCCCAAGAUGAUUUCGCGUUUCCUGAAGGCGCGCGCCCCCGACGAGCGGGCGACGGUGAUUACGUAUGCCUUCUUCCAUGCCUUCAAGUUUCCGGAUGCGCUCAGCGUGCACAUCAAGUGCAAGGUGGAGAUCUGCCGGCAUGGCUGCCUGGAUCACUGCCAGAACACGGUCGCCGGCGACGGACUGGGCCCGGCCAUUAGCAAUGCCCAUGAGCGCAAGGAUGUGCACAUUGGGGAUGCGAUGGGCAGCAGCAGCAACAACGAUCUGCACAGGGAUCUGGCCAUGCCGCCGGCUGGCAUGGGCCAUGGCUCGCAGAGCCAGAUACAUCACGGCCUGGGCAUGGGCUCGUCCAUGGGCAUGGACCAUGACAUCUUCUACGAUGACAUCAUACACGAUCACAAGCAGAACAUGGGCGGACCUGGCCCCGAUCUAUACGAGGAGAAGAGCGGCAGUCUGCAGCCACGGCCCGUGCACGAGGAUCCCGAGGAGGAGGUCGAUCUCUCCGAUUUGUUUGGCGACGACGAUCUAACCGGCAUGGAUGGCGACGGUGAACGCUAUUUGGGCUUGAAGAAGAGCGGCAAGUUCCCGCACGGGCCACGCCAGCUGGAGGCGCAGAAGCGCAUGGGCGUGCCCAUGGCCGGACCACGCUCCCUGGAGCCCAAAUCGGAUCUGGACGAUGUGCCGCGUCCCGUUUACCGGCCGCAAGCCGAGGCGCUGAAGAAGCCGCGCGAGGAUCACAUCGAUCUCGACGAGCCGAUUGCCAACAGCUCCGCGGAGUCUAAAACGACAGAGUCGCCGUCAGACAGUCAGCGGCGUCGCCGGCGUCGUCGAUCGCUGGUCAUCUCCGAUCGCAAGGUGCGCAGCGCCGAUGUCGGAGUCAGCGGUCUGUACGAUGUCAUCUCCGAGGCGGAUCUGGCCUUUUCGCCGGACUCCAAGCAGGAGGCGGUCACCGUCUUUCAGGGCAAGAUCAGCGAGGAAGUCGUCUAUGGCAUCUGCAUGCCGGUGCCCGGCUUCAGCAUACUCUUCAUCGUGGUCAUCUCGGCGACCAUUGUCUCGGCGCUGAUCGCCGGCUCGCUGCUCUAUCGCUACCAGCUGCAGAAGGAGGCGCUCGAAAAGCACACGCCCAUGCCGGUGCCGGGCACCCUGGCCUCCUGGAUGACGUUGCGACUCUUCCGCUUGCGGCACCUGCAACAGCAGCAGCAGCAGCAGCAACAACAACAACAGCCGCAACCGUUGCCCACUCCCGUUGCUGGCCAUGAAACGGUGCAGUGAGCCGAUUGCGAUAAGCGCCCUAAAUUGAGACCAAGACAGCCCCCACACCCUUGCCCCUUUCCUUGAUAUACCCUAGAUCGUAUCCCACAACGUAAUUAAUUAAUUAAUUUUUUUUUUGUAUUUUUUUUUGUGUAAACACAAAGAAAAAUGCCCAAUUGACUGGCAGGUUAUGCACCUGCGCCUAAUUCGAAUUCCAAUUCAGCACACUUAGAAGAAAAGAGAGAGAGAGAGAGAGUAGCAAGAAAUCUAGUAAAAAGACAAAACAAAAUGGAAUGGAACGAGCAAUCGAUAUGAGUCGAAUGUUUGUUACAGCUUCACAAUUGAGAAAGAGAAAUUUUCGCACACAUUUAGUUCUAAGAACGAAGAAACGAUGUGAAAUGGAACAUGCAUCGAUUUACGCUUUGAAAUGAAUGAAUAGAGCACAUGGAAUGUAGUGAAAACCAAUGGAAUAGAACAUGCCUGUAUUCAAUUUUAUAGUUGGUCACAUUCCGAAUGGAAUGGAACAGACUUCAUUUCGUCUUCCAUUAGGUUGCCACAAUUAAAAGCGAGAGAGACGACAAGGAACUAGUUCAACAUGCUUUGACGCAUAAAGUCUGAGCGGAACGAAAUGGAAUGAAACACAGCUAAGUUCACUUCCACAUGUUUUAAUUAGCUGAAAUAAACUACAACCGAAUUCGAAUUGACUAAAACAGGCUAAUGAAACAAUAUGGAAUGGAACACUCGUCGCCCUCAUCUCAGCUAGGCACUACUAAAAACACAAUCAGUUGCUACAACUCCAGAGUGUUGCAUUCGAUGUUCCGCUCCUCACACACACACAAUACUUUUUUUUUUUUUGGUGCUGCAUAAAAUAUUUAUUUAUUAUGUGUAUUUUUUUUAUUGGGUGCAUUUAGUCGUAAAAUUUGCAAUAACAAUAACAAAAAAAUAUAUAUAUAUACAAAUACAAAGUAGAGUUUUUUGCCCGAUGUAAUCGUACUUCUAAAUAGAUCAUCAACGCACAUGCUUAAUGUUAGGGGACACUUAUUUAUUUAUUUAACUUAUCUUAAUCUGUAUAAGAAUCUUAUCUAUAUCUCACUCUAUGCUAAACCAUUGAGAGAAUUGCGUAAAAUUUGUGGAAAUAAAACUCAAACAAUAUAUUUCAAAUUUCAGUCAAUUUGGCAAAUUUUAUGCGAACACAAAACAAAAAUUUUAGUUGAAAUUUAACGAAAACUUUUAUUUUCAUAUACAUCUAAAUUCACAUAGAGCAGUUGUACAUACAUAUAUGUAUCUCUAUUUAGAUUUGGUCUACUUUUUUGGCAUAUUCAUCAUUUAUCUGAUUCCAAAUUUGCGUAUAGCUGAUCUAUGUGAAUUUGGGCUUAUGUAUUUAUUACCUAUUUAAACCGCUAGAAAAUUAUUAUUAGAGAAAUGGAAUAAAGAAAAUAAAACAAAA